AUGGAUUUAAGCGGCGACGGCGGAGUGGUGAAGAAAAUCCUCCGCGCCGCUAAACCCGACGCGCUGCAGCCGUCCGAUACGUACCCGAUUGCAGAUGUGCACUACGAGGGGCGGCUAACCACGGGCGAGGUGUUUGACAGCUCGCGGGAAGAUAAUGCUGUCUUCACGUUUGAAGUGGGCAAGGGGAAGGUCAUUCGCGCAUGGGACAUCGGCAUCAAGAGCAUGAAGGUGGGUGAGCUGGCAGAGCUGACGUGUCAAUCAGACUAUGCAUAUGGAGAUGUUGGUUCUCCUCCCGAAAUUCCUCCAGGCGCCACAUUGGUGUUUGAAGUGGAGCUUAUGGCUGUUCGCCCCCCCAGAGGCUCUGUCUCCACGGCUGCUGCUGAGAAGGGCCGAUUAGAUGAGUUGAGAGCAGAGAGGGAGGCAGCAGCAGCGCGGAGGGAGGAGGAGAAGAAGAAGAGGGAGGAUGCCAAAGCAGCUGCGGCUGCUAGGGCGGCUCAACUGAGUGCCAAGGUAACGGGGAAAGGAGGAGGAAAGGGAGGCAAGGGGAAGAAGAAAUGA